AUGAAGCUUGUGCUGGUCGACAUGUUCGGAUGUUCGCUGAAGUGGCCGAUGACAAUUGCGGCAACGCUUGUGCUUGCACAGCAGCUCCCUGCUCUUAACGCCACAGUGUUCUAUUCGAAUUUGAUCUUCAAACAAGCUGGUCUGCCAGAAGGGACUGUGUUCGCUGCUGUUGAUACAGGAAUAGUGAGCGUACUGAUGACAACAGAGACAGUGUGGUCGGUCGAUCACUCAAAAGCAAAAAGUCUGAGGUUCUCGAUCGAUUGGUGUUGUUGGAAUGUGGUAUACUUCUUUGGUGGUGUGAGUAUAAGUGGGCUCAAUGAUGGUGUCACUGCCUUCGUCUUGCUGUUCGCUACGUGUUCGAUCCCGUCGCAACAUCGACCCAAUGGUUUUUUGUGUAGGAAAUUUCCGUCUGAAACGUAG